UUCCCAUUUCCACAUUUAGGAAAGGAAAAGUUUAUCAUAUGCCAGUGUGUGUAUGGUCUUUCGUACACCAUGGGGAGCCCUCCAUUCUUGGAUGGGCAGUGGAGAUUAACCUACUGGUGAACAACUAUUGUCAGGAACUUCAGUUAAUCUCAACCGCCAGUCACUGCUAACGAUCGGUGGAUGCUUCUCUAGUGUAUCAUAUACCAAUAAUGAUACACAUUGGCAUUAUUACAUCCCAAUAAAAAGGGCAAUGGCCCAACAUAAUAGCAGUUUUAUCCCUUUCUUUCCAAUGUUGAAAGACAUGGGCGUCAGUUUUCGGCCGGAGAAAAGGAGGAGGAGGAAGAGGGAGAUGAAUAUGGAAGAGGAGGAGAGGCAGAGGAUUAUGCACAUUCAAGUGGAGCGUAACAGAAGGAAGCUUAUGACCCACCAUCUCUCUAUCCUUGCUUCCCUUCUACCCCCUCACCACAUUAGAAAGAGGGACCAGGCAUCGAUUAUCGGCGGAGCAAUUGAUUUUAUAAAGGAGCUAGAGCAGCUUCUACAGUCCCUCGAAGCUCAAAAGCAAAUAAUGCUUCAGCCUCCUCCACCCUCUGCUAAUUACUUGUUAGAAUUGAAGGCACAAGAGAGAGGAAAUAGUCUUGUCAGUGAUAGUAAUAGGUUUGAGGAGGAGGGAGCUGGUUCAAAGGUGGAGGUAACAUUGAUCGAGAGUCAUGCAAACAUUAGGAUUGUGUGUCCAUGGAGGCCCAACCAGCUCUCGAAGAUGGUCCUCGGAUUUCACAAGCUGUGCCUCUCCAUUUUGCACAUGAACGUCACCUCUAUGCGUCCUAUGGUCUUCUACUCCUUCAGUACUAAGGUUGAAGAAGAUAGCAAGCUGAUGUCAGGGGAGGAAAUAGCAGGAGCUGUUGAUCACAUGGUCAGCACAUUACACGGGAAGGAAUCCUUUCCAAAGUGAGACAAGCGAUCUCGAGAGAGAAGGACGGGGUCCAUUGCAUUAAAUAAGAAGGAAGACUGAUAGCAAAUAGAGAAGCGUUCAUUUACUAUACUACUUUUUAGGGAGAUGUGAAGUUUUAUUGAAAUGAGAAUCGUAAAGUCCUGUUUCUUUUUCCUCGUAAAUGUGGAAGGACUAAAAAUGGAAAGU